AUGUUGAUUCUUGAAAAGCUUGCUAGCUUUGAUCUGGAUAACUGUAUAGAAAUCAAGAAAGCAACUGGCCUCAUCUCAAAGAUUGUAGAGUUCACAAGCAACAAUAUUGACAUGACAAAUAUUAGUGAGACACACAAGACACUGCUGAAACAUUCAUCGCUGAAGCUGCUGGCAAGACUUGCGAGUACUAAAGGGAAAUUUGGUGUAACUUUGCGUCAGAAAAUUGCAGAAAAUCCCUUCCUUUGGAGCAACCUUACAGAAAUCUGGGAUGAGGGUGGGAGCAGCCAAGAACUGAGGCUGGGAGCAGCAGAACUCCUUAGAAACCUUGCCGUGGAUGAAAAUAUAAAGGAGGAGAUUGGGCACACCCGAGUAAUCAUUAGCAGGUUGGUGCAUGCAUUUGUCAGCAAAGGUGCACAGCUAAGUACAAAUUCGGAUCGGUUGCUACAAAUGAUCGCUGGGCAAGCACUAGCAUUACUGGCAAUGGAGAGUGAAAAUAACUGUCUGAUUAUGUUAGCGGAACCAGGUUAUGAAUUCAUCAAGGAACUUGCAGUUAUGAUCCAGGGUGACAGGUACAAGCAUGUAGCAUCAAGCCUGUUGCAGAGUAUAUAUAUGUAUGAUCGAAGUGAGAUUCACAAAUCAUACCUGAAAGAAGUCUCCUGCAUUUUGCGACAGGUAAUGGAAGGAAUAAUGGAUGCAGAAGGUGCGGAACUAGAGGUCCUUGUUGGCCUUAGUUCACAAAUAUGUAAUGCCAUUCCUGAAGACUUUGCGCGAGAGCUUGAACACGGUCAGAUUAAGGAGAGAUUUAUAAAGAGACUUGUCUGUGCACUUAACUCAAAUAUGAUACCCACUGCUCACUGUCCUGGUGUCAGGAGGGUGAUAGUUGAACAUGCCAUAUACAUGAUGGAAUUCAAUCCGGCCUACGCUAGCUAUUUCAUCAACUGUCAGAUGAUGGAAGCACUGCUAAUGGUAGAGCGUACACCUUCAAGGGCUGAAGACUAUAGGCUCUUUUUGGGUGAUGCGGGACUCAUGAAGCACAGCAUACCUCUAUCUGCUCUUGUGGCUAGAGCAAAAGAACUGAUGGGCCGUGAGUAG